GCAAUUCGUACACGAACGAGUCAGUGUGACGGUUGGUGUAAGCGAGACAGGAUUUGACAGCAAACAAUUUGGUUGUAUCAGUUUAAAUGUUCUUUGAUUGGUUUAUCGUGUAAAUUCUUACAGUAUAUGAAUUGCAAAUAAAUAGAUUGGUUUGAAUGAAAGAGAUACGGAUUAAAUUGCGUCAACCGAGUAGUUUAAUACAAACAAAACACUUUUUCUUGUUAUUUUUAUGUCGCCUUAUUUUUCUUCAUCUUAUCUUUUGUUUCACUCGUAAGCACCAUCGCUGACAAAUUUGGUAUAAAAGGAGUACACUCCGUACCUUUGGAUAUCAUUAAAGUUCUGAAAAUUGAUCAAAGUGUUUCAUAAUUAAGGAAUUGCCGAAAUAACACUUUCUUUUUAUUCAGCGAACCGAAGUAAUAUGUUGUUGAAAACGCUAACUGUUUUGUUUUUAUUGGUGGCUUCAUCAAUAGCUGAUACUGACUACUGCAAACUAAACUGCGGCGAUACAAAAAAUAUCGCCUGCAAUAGUCCAUAUGCCAAUGGUGGCUGGGGAGAUAGCUGCAAAGAUCAGGCGCUUUUCAACAUGACAAAAGACCAUCAACAAUCACUGGUCGAUGUGCACAAUAAAUAUCGCAAUUUGAUAGCACUAGGAAAUAUAACUCACUAUAGCCCCGCUGUGCGUAUGCCUAAAAUAAAAUGGGAUGCAGAUUUAGCAUACACUGCCGAAAUGAACGUACGAUCAUGCGUAUACGGUCAUGAUGGUUGCCACAAUACAGCAAAAUAUUCCAUGUCUGGUCAAAGUAUUGCCAUGAUUAUGACUAAUGUGGAUUGGGAUAGAGUAAUAACAACAAGCCGAUUAGCUGAAAUUGCGAUGGGUUGGUUCAAUGAGUACAAAAAUGGCGAGUCACAUGGCUGGAUGGAUAUGAUUAACCAAAUUAAGGCCAGCGAUUUCGAUAGUUCGAAGCCAGUCGUAGGUCAUUUUACAGCAUGGGUGCAGGAUAGAACAGACGCGAUUGGAUGUGCUGCCGUUUUUACUACAACGAACAACAAUGGAAAAGACUGGGGUGCACUUAUAUUGACAUGUAACUAUGCGUUUAUCAAUUUACUUGGAUCCCACGUGUAUGUUGCUGGAACGACUGCCUCAAAUUGUACAACGGGAACUGACGCAACCUAUCCAGACUUGUGUAGCGAAAAUGAGAAAAUUUAAUACUGAUUAAAUUGAUUGAAGUAUUUAAAUUUACGAAAAAAUAAAUUCUAAUUGAUUUCUAGUAACUAUAACGUGCAUCUAUUUGGUUUUGUUGAUUUUUUGUGUUGCAUUUUUUACUUACAUUUGUUGAACCCAUUCACUCAUAGAUAUUUGAAGCCAAAAGAUAAAGUAUUGGUGGAGAAUACCAAAAUUUUUGUCGAACUUCAUGGCAGCAGUCAUUUUCUAUUUAUUAAU